AGGGAAAAACAGCUCCGCGUUUGGGCGUUUGUGGUGGUGAAACGGGGGCGAGCCCGGAAAAGAUUAAGAAUGAAAAGAAAAUCGGAAGGAUUUAAGGGUUGCACAGCGCCUCCGGGGGGGUGGCAGGGAAAAAUUUCCUCAUGGCGGGCGUUGGAACAGGCGGCCUGGGGCUGUGGUGGAGUCGCCAUCCCUGGAGGGGUUGGGAAUGCACAGACGAGGUUCUCAGGGACACGGGGCAGUGCCGGGGGUGGGUUGUGCUUGGCCUUGAGGAUCUUAAAGGUCUUUUCCAACUGAAGUGAUUCCUCAUUAGUGUUUAUAAAUAUGUAAAGGGUGAGUGUGAGGAAGAUGGAGCCACGCUCUUGGUGGCAACCAGUGACAGGACAAGGAGCAAUGGGUACAAACUGGAACACAGGAGGUUCCACUUAAAUAUGAGGAGAAAAAGUUGGGGAAUGACCUAUUAGAGAGCAGUGUAGGGGAAAGGGACCUGGGGGUGCUGGGGACAGCAGGGUGACCAUGAGCCAGCACUGGGCCCUUGUGGCCAGGAAGCCAAUGGUACCUGGGGUGGGUUAGAAGGGGGUGGUCAGUAGGUCCGAGAGGUUCUCCUGCCCCUCUGCUCUGCCCUGGGGAGACCACACCUGGAAUCUUGUGUCCAGCUGUGGCCCCUCAGUUCCAGCAGGACAGGGAACUGCUGGAGAGAGUCCAGCGCAGCCACCAAGAUGCUGCAGGGAGUGGAGCAUCUCCCGUGUGAGGAAAGGCUGAGGGAGCUGGGGCUCUGGAGCUGGACAAGAGGACACUGAGGGGGGACUCAUUCAUGUUUACAGAUAUAUAUAUAUAUGUAUGUAUAUAUCUGUACAUAUAUAUAUAUAUAUAUAUAGAACAAAGACCUGAAAUCGCUUCCUGUUCUUCAGCCACCCAGGAUUCCUUCCUUUCCCGGAUUGGACAGCUCAACAUUUCCAAAGAUUUAAUAAGGCUUAGCAAGCAAUAAGUGUGUUUGAAUGCUUGCAAAUGCAGGUAUUCCCAUGCAAAACAAUGUCACAGUCACAAUAUUUUUCAGGUAGUCUAAUUUAUGCCAAGCUUCGUUUCAAGUCAUCAUGUAAAUGAUGUAGAAGAUAUCCUGGUACAGCCCAGAGGCAUGACUAUAUAUUUAAGCCCACACCAGCGGUGAAAACACCGGUUUUAGAGGCUUCUUGGGGCUCUGAGACAACAUCAGCGCCAACUGAGCAAGAGAAAAUGUGGUUUAUAUCUGUUUUCAGGUGGCCGAGCAUCUGAACGUGGCUUCCUACAGCGACCUUCGGCCGUUCGCUUCGUCACCCAAACGACCCGGCGCAGCGAUGUUGUCGUGACAUCACCUGCCAUGGAAACAGCUGUUAUCUAAUAUAUUCUGAUAGAUUUCUGAGGUCAGGAGAGAGCGUUACCAUCAUCUGGCUUGACAGUUGCUACGAUCGAUUGGGAUAUUUUGGGCUCCAGCCAGCGGCCGGCGAGGGUCAGGAAGGACUUUUUCCCCCCAGUGCACAAUCAACGCGGCCUCUGGCCAUGGGUGUGAAACGCCGUACGUCAGAACCCGCUCGGUCCUUACGCCGCGGAGCAUCCUCCGUGGGCGGCGGAGCCCGUCGCACCGUCGCGACGCUCCGCCGGGAAGCCAAAACAGCUCCGGUAGAAGCCGCCGCGACGCUCCGUGGACCUGGCGUGGCCAAAGCAGCGGAGGUUGUAGGUAGAAGAAACGGAGCAAAGAAAAACAGAGAGCGUGUGGGACGGUCACAGGACAUACAGCAUUAGCGCAGCAUCGUUGACCCGACGCUUGACGACACGCAGGCCUGGCCGAGCUCUUGACGGCUGUGUUUUGAAUGGCUCGGCAGUUUAUCCGCCUACCAUGACAGAGCCGUUUUUUUGGGGGGAUGGAUGACUUUGAAAUGUGCUGCUCUGGCGAACCGACGCAACGACUGCUCCAUGAAGUCGUUAUCCCGCCGCGCUGGGAGAUUUCAAUUACCGAAACUGAUAAUUACUGCCAAGGAUGAGCCAGUUGUAACGAAGGAAUUUCUCUCUCCCUUCUUGUGCCUCGGAGUUUUGCUUCUCCCUCCGGUUUUGCUUCCCCGUUCCUUUGAAAAACACGAGCCAGGUUAUUAACUUCUUGGUUUCUCUUCCUUCUUUGGCCACCAGAGUGAGUGGUUUUGACAUCCUCAGACGUGCCGUGUCGUAGUUGGGUUCCUCCGUGGGCAGAUUUGUGCUUUUAAUUAAGAAGUGCCCAGUGCCUGGAAAACCAGCCUCUCAGCUGCCCUCCCCAAAGUGAUGCCCUGGUCUUGCCGUCCUUUCCAGAAGACGCUCAGAACACCAGGAGAAGCCCAAGAGGUGGUGAGUCCUGCAGGUGCAAGAAAAGCUACUUUGGGAAACAGGGAUAACUCAGGAUGAAAAGUUCUCAUUUUGAAGGGGCUUGCAGGAUGAGAAGCUUCCACGAAACCAUUUCCAAGCAAAGAACCUUUUUAGCUGCUUGAGCUUUGGGAAUCGCUUGAGCUUGGGCACCGCAGCGUUGCUGAAGUGCUCAGAUACCCUCAAAGCAAAGGUGACUAUUGAAUAGCUCCAGUGCUCUGGAGUAUUUUGAGAUGAAUCACGUCAUGCAACUGAAGAAGAGGUCAGAGGAAUGGUGGCCAACACAACCCAGUGCAACCCAACGCAACCCAACUCAACCAACGCAACCCAACACAACCCAACCCCACCGAACCCAACCCAACGCGACCCAACGCAACCCAACGCAACCGAACCCAACCCAUCCCAACCCAACGUGACCCAAGGCAAUGCAACGCAACCCAACCCAACGUGACCCAACUCAACCAAACACAACCCACUGCAACCCAACCCAUCCCAUCCCAACCCAGUGCAUGAGCGUACUGUCAAAUGGAUGAUCUGGGAGUUAUUGCUGAUGUAUGGACUUGGAACUAUUGACAAUAACUCAGUUAAAGCUUGACAAGGUUACUACACAUGAAGAACACGAUAUUUGGAAGAAGAAGUAGCACUGAUGUCACAGAUGUACUUUCAAGAAGUUAAUCUUUAUGAUGCUGCUGAAGUUUGCACGCAAAGAAAGCAAGUGGAUGUCUUCUGAAAAAUACGGCCUUGGGGACAAAAUUCCUGCUGCAGUUCAAGAGGGACAAAGUUUCCAGCGUGAGGCCGAAUUGCUGAGCAGAUGAUAAGAGCGAUCGUUUCCCGGAACGCCUUGUCCUGGCCCUGAACCGCUCGUGCGCGCCGCCAGCGAUCUGCACUUUUCUUCGGAAGAAACUCAUCUAUUACAAUGUUAAAUAGAGAUUCCUGUAGAAGACAAACCCUGAGCAAGCAGGCAGUGGGACACCAUGGAUUAUAUUUUCCGAUCAAUCGUGUGAAGUUUGGAAACUAUGCCCUGGAGGGCUGAAAAUGUGUUUAUUUCUUAUUAUAAGCUAAAUCAGAGCAAAAGAGAAGCCAUGGGUAGCAUGUCAGCCCGAUAGAGGAAUCACAACCCAUUCAGUAGCAGCCCAAUUUCAGAGACGUGCAUAUCCUCCAAAUCCACCGGGAGCCUGUAGAUGUUGUCAUCAACAUUACACGAGUCACUCAUUUUCAUCCGUGGCAAAUCUUGACUAAAAUCUGCUUAUUUAGCACCCUCUCGGCUUCCUCGCCGGCCUCUCCCCGAUGACUGUUGGACAGCAAAGAAAACUUGAAUUAUUAAGGAGAAAUCCUCCUCAGCAUCCGCUGGGCAGCUUUCAUAUCCACCUCAAACCGUCAUUUACUGGGAGUCCGCGUUGGAAAACGGAGCCGGGAUUGCGACUGUAGCACCUGAUUUAGAGUUUCUUUUCUCUGUGGUAUGAGAAGAAAUCUCCAGCGAAGAGCCUGAGGACCUGAUGGGGAUUCUCAUCAUUGGGACACCAUGGAAGGAGACCAGGAGGGGAAGCCUGGAUUGGGUUCAGUUUCUCCUCCGACCGGCACAAAACGCUCCGGGCUUGGUGCUGAUUGAGCCGCUCGCCGCGGCUCUCGGGUCCAAUAUCAACGAUCGCCGAGCAGCAGCCGCAAUCCCAAGCACCACACGGUAAAGAAGCCGUUUCCAGGCUGAGAAGUCUCUGUAACACCAACAUUUUACUGGUGCGGCGGUCGCCGUGCUGCGAUUUUUAAGAUCUCAGAGGUGUUUUCUAUGGAGAUGGGAAGAUGUCCAAGUGCUUCAAAGAAGCGGAACCAAACAAGCUUGAAGGAAGCAAAAGCUCAUUGUGAAGGCGGUUUCUCCUUGGAGGAAAACGGUGACUUUGGACCAAUUUUGUUCAGAGUUGGCCCCAUCCAUGACUCUUGUGCCCCCUCUGAGACCUCGUUGACUUGCCAGCUGCUUCAUCAUCCCAGGAGAAGCAUCUUGAGCCACCCAGAUGAGAAGAUGAGUUGAAGGAGCCCAACUGUGCCACUUGCCUCCCUGGGGCACCAUUGGUCCUCCAGCCAUUGGUGUCUCCAUGUCUGCCCAUCUCCAGGAGUUAGUAGCCUUACAAAAAUCAUUUAAAAGGAAUUUAGAGGGAUUGAAAUGAAGAAGCAGCAAUUAAAACCAUCUCUAUUAAUUUUUGGAAUAAUAUGAUGAAGUUAGAAUUAGAAACACCUUGUACCUUGUAAUUCUGGCGCUUGCAGACAUCAGCUUGGAGGUGCAUCUGCACGGUCUAUACGUCAACUCUUCGGUUGUCUCUCAGUAUGAAGGGAAAGGGUAUUUGAAGAUGGUGAGAGAUGGGUUUGCCGUGUCCCCCGUGCCAUCCCUGUCCUCUUGCCACCAGCUUUGCCCCCCCAAAGCCCCCCAAGAAAAGCAGGAGGCAAAAACGGUGCCCGACGUGCGAGAGGAACAAACGCAGCCAACCCAUCGGCAGCAACAUGACUCAUACCCUGCGAGCGAGGCGACAAACAACUUAUCCACGUCUGAUCCGCUAAUACAUAUUUAUUCUGUUAACGAGGAAUUCAUUCCUGAACAGACCGCUCGGGAGUUGAUUUAUAGCGCAGUCAAAUCAAGUCUGAACAAGCUGCUAAAUUCACCUACAUAAAUCACAACAGUUUUGGUUUUGCUCUGGGCUGUGGGGAAAAUGGGAGCUGAGCGAACGUGGCACUUGGUGACUGUUGAUAAUUAAUAACAGUUAACGAACAGCACGAGCAAUGCUCUAUUAUUGAGAUCAUUACGAACACUGAUAAUUAUUUUACUAUUAUGACAGCGAGCAUUCAUAAUAAUGAUGAUGAACAACGGGGACCUCGGUGCGUCCUCGUCACCCCGAGGGCACAGGGGACAUAGUCUGCAGUGCCACCAUCCUCUGGAGAAGAGCAUGGGUUUGGUGGCAUCUCUUCUAGAUGUCCAAUGUGAAGGUUGAUGCUGAUCUGGUGAGACCCAACCUGGACUUCUGCGUCCUCAACACAGGACAGACAUGGACGUGAGGAGCCACGGGAAUGACGAGAGGCUGGAGAGGACAGGCUGAGAGAGUUGGGGUGUUCAGAAGCUCUGGGGACACCUUAUUGCGGCCUUUCUGGACUUGAAAGAUGGGGCCUGUUCAGCAGGGCCGGUUGUGAUAGAACAAGAAGUGAUGGGAGAUUGAGGCUGGACAUGAGGAGGAAUUGUUGGCCCUGAGGGUGGUGAGAGCCUGUCCCAGGUUGGCCAGAGAGGUGGUGGAUGAACCAUCCCUGGAGACAUCCCAGGCCAGGCUGGACGGGGCUCUGAGCACCCUGAGCUGGUGAGGAUGUCCCUGCUCAUGGCAGGGGGGGCACUGGAUGUGUUUUGAAGGUCCCUUCAACCCAAACCAUUUAUGAUCGUAUGGAGGAUGCUGUGACUACUCAUCAGGGUGAAGCCCAAGUGAUGCUCAACUGAGGAUCAAGACCUUCUUCUCCAGAAAACCACGCGAGAUUAUGACAUGAUGAAUAAAAUACAUCCACUUCAGGGGAAGAUGGAAACCACGCUGAAGCUAACAAAGCCAAUUCUGCGUCUGGAGGCUGGUUAGUCCUGGCUUGAGUGAACUGUGACGUCGGGGGAAUGGCAUCGCACAGAAGAGGAAAGGAGGAUGAUCUGGUCAUGUCGUGAAGGGAGUUGAUCCCAAAACCACGUUCCUAAGAAUGUGGAGCUGCAAUGGGAACGCGCCUGCUCCCCAUCAGAGAAGAUUCCCCAUCUCAGGUAUUGCUGGGCUGGUGUCUGGAGGAACCUCAGACCUGAAACACCCACCACAAACCACCUUUUCAGCUACAGCGUCAAAAGCAACAGGCGGAAAAAAGGAUCCCGACCCAAAAGCGUCUUCACUGACUCAGCCAAGACCUGCACCUGGAUGACAGGUUCACAGCUCAAGACCUUCACGUCGUUGAGGUUCUUGGCGGAGCCUUCGGACGCCGUCACCGCGCGCGGGGGCAACGUCCUGCUGGCCUGCGCGGCCGAAUCCGACCGAGGAGCCCCCGUCAUCAAGUGGAAGAAAGACGCCGUCUUCUUAAACCUGGCGGUGGACGAGAGGAGGCAACAGUUGGCCAACGGCUCCCUCUUGAUCGAGAACAUCGUCCACUCCCGCCACCACAAACCCGACGAGGGUUUGUACCAGUGCGAAGCGUCUCUGGAAGGCGUCGGAGCCAUCAUUAGCCGGGCGGCCAAGAUCACGGUAGCAGGACCACUGAGGUUCCUUUCCCAGACGGAAUCGGUCACGGCUUUCGCAGGAGACACCAUCCUGCUCAAGUGUGAAGUGGUUGGAGAGCCCAUGCCCGUGGUUCACUGGCAGCGGAACCAGGAGGACGUGUCCCCGAACCCGAGUGACCCACGCGUGGCCGUCCUGCCCUCCGGGGCUCUGCAGAUCAGCCGCGUCCAGCACGGGGACAGCGGCAUCUACAGGUGCUUGGCCAAGAACCCGGCCAGUUCUCGCACCGGGAACGACGCCGAAGUCAGAGUUUUGGCAGAUCCAGGUCUGCACCGCCAACAGUUCUUCCUGCAACGCCCAUCGAACGUGGUGGCCAUGGAAGGGAGAGACGCCGUUCUGGAAUGUUGCGUCUCUGGGUACCCCCCUCCCACCUUCACGUGGCUGCGAGGAGACGAAAUCCUGCCCAUCAGGUCCAAAAAGUAUUCGUUACUGGCUGGGAGUAACCUGCUCAUAUCCAACGUGACCGACGAUGACUCCGGGACCUACACGUGUGUCGUCACCUACAAAAACGAGAACAGCAGCGGCUCCGCCGAGCUCUCGGUGAUGGUCCCGCCGUGGUUUUUGGUUCGCCCAUCGAAUCUUUACGCCUACGAGAGCACGGACAUCGAGUUGGAAUGCGCCGUGGCGGGGAAGCCGCUUCCUACGGUCGAGUGGAUCAAGAACGGCGAAGUCGUCAUCCCUAGCGAUUAUUUUCAGAUCGUGGGUGGCAGCAACUUACGGAUUCUGGGCCUGGUAAAGUCAGAUGAAGGUUUUUAUCAAUGCGUAGCUGAAAAUGAAGCUGGAAACGCACAGGCCAGCGCACAGCUAAUCAUCCCGGAGCCGGCUGUCCCAAGUUCCAGUGUCCUCCCCUCUGCCCCCCGAGAUGUGGUCCCUGUUUUGGUCUCCAGCCGAUUUGUCCGUCUCAGCUGGCGCCCGCCCGCAGAAGCCAGAGGCAACAUCCAGACGUACACGGUCUUCUUCUCCAGGGAUGGUGUCAACAGGGAACGGGCAGUCAACACAUCUCAAUCGGGGACGCUCCAGCUUACCGUGGGCAACCUGAAGCCGGAGGAGACGUACACGUUCCGCGUGGUGGCGAACAACGAGUGGGGACCCGGCGAGAGCUCGCAGCCCAUCAAGGUGGCCACGCAGCCCGAACUGCAAGUUCCCGGCCCGGUAGAAAACCUGCGAGUUGUGUCCACGUCACCCACGUCCAUCCUCAUCUCCUGGGAUCCUCCCGCUUACGCCAACGGCCCCGUUCAAGGCUACAGGCUCUUCUGCACCGAGACGGCGACGGGGAGGGAGCAGACGGUGGAGGUGGACGGACUUUCCUACCGCCUGGAGGGGCUGAAGAAGUUCACCGAGUACACCCUGCGCUUCCUCGCCUACAACCGCUACGGCCCCGGCGUCUCCAGCGGGGAGGUGACGGUCACCACGCUGUCAGAUGUGCCCAGCGCGACGCCGCAGAACGUCUCCUUGGAAGUGGUCAACUCCAGGAGCAUCAAAGUCAGCUGGUUGCCUCCACCACCAGGUACUCAAAAUGGAUUUAUUACGGGCUAUAAAAUCCGACAUCGCAAGACGACCCGCAGGGGUGAGAUUGAAACACUGGAGCCAAACAACCUCUGGUACUUGUUCACAGGGCUUGAGAAAGGAAGUCAAUACAGUUUCCAAGUGGCGGCAAUGACGGUGAACGGGACAGGACCCUCUUCGGACUGGUACACGGCGGAGACGCCCGAGAACGAUCUCGACGAAUCGCAGGUUCCCGACCAGCCAAGUUCUCUUCACGUCAGGCCCUUGACCACGAGCAUCGUCAUGAGUUGGACGCCGCCACUCAACCCCAACAUCGUCGUCCGCGGGUACAUCAUCGGCUACGGCGUGGGCAGCCCCUACGCCGAGACCGUGCGGGUGGACAGCAAACAGCGCUAUUAUUCCAUUGAAAACUUGGAGCCGAGUUCGCAUUAUGUGAUCUCCCUGAAGGCCUUUAACAACGCAGGCGAAGGGGUCCCACUCUACGAAAGUGCCACCACCAGGUCCAUGACAGACCCCAUUGAUCCAUUAGAGGUUGAUUUUUAUCCUUUGCUUGAUGAUUUCCCUACCUCAGUCCCAGAUAUCUCCACCCCCAUGCUCCCACCAGUAGGUGUCCAGGCUGUUGCACUUACUCACGACGCCGUGAGGGUCAUCUGGGCAGACAACUCUGUCCCAAAGAACCAAAAGACGACGGAGGUUCGUUUCUACACGGUCCGAUGGAGAACCAGCUAUUCGACGAGUGCGAAGUACAAGUCGGCGGACACGACGGCUCUGAGCCACACGGUGAUGGGGCUGAAGCCCAACACCAUGUACGAGUUCUCCGUCAUGGUCACCAAGGGCCGGCGCUCGAGCACCUGGAGCAUGACGGCCCACGCCACCACCUACGAAGCAGCCCCCACGUCGGCUCCCAAGGACCUGACGGUGAUCACGCGGGAAGGGAAGCCCCGCGCCGUCAUCGUCAGUUGGCAACCGCCCCUGGAAGCCAAUGGAAAAAUUACCGCUUACAUCCUCUUCUAUACAUUGGACAAGAACUCUCCGAUUGACGACUGGAUCAUGGAAUCCAUCGGCGGCGACCGGCUCACCCACCAGAUCAUGGACCUUAACUUGGACACCGUCUACUACUUCCGGAUCCAAGCGCGCAACGCCAAGGGCAUCGGGCCCCUUUCCGAGCCCGUUUUCUUCCGCACGCUGAAAGUCGAGCAUCCCGACAAAAUGGCCAAUGACCAAGGUCGUCAUGGGGACGGGUCUUACUGGCCGGUGGACACCAACCUGAUCGACAGGAGCAGCCUGAAUGAGCCCCCCAUCGGGCAGAUGCACCCGCCCCACGGCAGCGUCACCCCCCAGAAGAACAGCAACCUCCUCGUCAUCAUCGUGGUCACCGUGGGCGUCAUCACGGUGGUGGCCGUGGUGGCCGUGGCCGUCAUCUGCACCCGGCGCUCCUCGGCGCAGCAGAGGAAGAAACGCGCGACCCACAGCGCCGGGAAAAGGAAGGGCAGCCAGAAGGACCUGAGACCCCCGGACCUGUGGAUCCACCACGAGGAGAUGGAAAUGAAGAACAUGGAGAAGCCAACGGGCUCGGAGCCCGCAGGGAGGGACUCCCCGAUGCAGAGUUGCCAGGACAUCACCCCCGGUAGCCACAGCCAGUCAGAAACGCAACUGGGGAGCAAGAGCACCCCCCAACCCACCGGUCCCGAGCCGGAGGACGUUGGCAGCAGCAUGUCCACGUUGGAGCGCUCGCUCGCCGCCCGCCGCGCCACCCGCGCCAAGCUCAUGAUCCCCAUGGAUUCCCAACCAACCAACCCCCCUGUGGUCAGCGCCAUUCCGGUGCCAACGCUGGAAAGUGCCCAGUACCCCGGGAUCCUGCCGUCCCCAACCUGCGGGUACCCGCACCCCCAGUUCACCCUCCGGCCGGUGCCGUUCCCGACCCUCUCCGUGGACAGGACCUUUGGAGCCGCCAGAACCGUCACGGAAGGCCCGGCACCGCAGCAGCCGUCCCUGCUCCCGCAGACGCAACCCGAGCACCCGAGCGGCGAGGACGCCCCGAGCAGAACCAUCCCCACCGCCUGCGUGCGGCCCACGCACCCCCUGCGCAGCUUCGCCAACCCCUUGCUACCUCCGCCCAUGAGUGCAAUAGAACCCAAAGUCCCUUACACGCCGCUUCUGUCUCAAACAGGGCCUAACCUCCCCAAGGCUCAGGUUAAAACAGCAUCCCUCGGCUUGGCCGGGAAAGCCAGGUCGCCUUUGCUGCCCGUCUCGGUCCCCACGGCCCCGGAGGUGACAGAAGAAGGUCACAAACAACCGGAGGAUUCCACCAACGUUUACGAGCAGGACGAUCUAAGCGAACAGAUGGCCAGUUUGGAGGGGCUAAUGAAGCAACUCAACGCUAUCACAGGCUCAGCCUUCUAACGGCUCUUGAUGAAGCGCUAAUUAUCCCGGAACAUUGCAGCAUACCAGCAUUUCACACAUCCCACCCCCAGAAAAUCAUCUUGUUGCCGGUACAACACCUUCAGUGCAAGGAAGAUUCUUAAAGGAAUGCUUAAAAAACAAAAGUAAGAAGAAAAAGGAAAGAAUAAUAAUGGAAAUGUUACGGAACUGUAGAUCUGGCAUCUCAAGUGAUGGAAACGGGUCGAGGCGAAUGGCUUCAUCACCGCAGAGUCGUAGCGAUGCCACCGGGUUGCUCGUUUUGAUCUCCUAGUCUUCGUAGAGCUCAAGUUGUCAUGAUUAACUCAAGGUUUGCUCCGUAGAGGUUUGUAGCUCUUUGUCUAGGUCUAGUCUUACCUCACACAAGUCUGUGUUUAAACACAGACCGUGCCGCUAAUGAGACAGUGUUGUAGGUCACUCGUUUAGGAUUGGGUUUUUUUAAAUACGUAAUUACUGACUACAAAAACACUCGUUAUUAAUCACAUCGCCACGCCAAAAAUGUGCAACUUCUCCCAACAGCACAAAAUGAAAGGGCAAAUUCCCCAUUCCUUUUGUCAGCCGUCGCUCAUCUCGCACGAUGAUGGACGUAAUAUGUGGUUUGCUGUGACACGACGAGCUUCAGCUCGUAAUAAACCACAUCUGCCCAUGGUGGCCGAUAAAUUAAUUAGAAAGGGUUUUCUACAAGGCUGAUAUUUCCUGGUUGCGAUGGACGCCACAGACCAUCUUGAGGGAUCCCCUCGCGCUUUAGCGGCGCGGCGCGGUGUUUAUUGACAGCGAUAACUGGCUGAAUUGCCUAAAUUUUGUGUGUGCACACGCUUUAUUGCUAAAUUUUCGGUGGCAUUCAGCGGUAAUCCCUGUUUAUGCAGCUGAAUCACCACCGGGGACCUGAUUUGCAUGUUUAUCAGUUAGGAAGCUGCGAAACCCAAUAAGAGAGUUGCAGAUGAAUUAUUCCAUUCAGCUCUGCCUUUGAUUUCAAGCUUGAGUGGGUCAUAAUUUUAGAAGAGCAUGGAAGGGAUAGGAUCUUUACAACCUAAUAGCUCCUUUUAUUAGGUGGGUAAUUAUAUGUGAAUCUCUGAAUAAAAUAUUUGGAGUAAAAUGGCGCUGCAACAGAAGUAAUAAUUCAGAUUAUUUUCUAUGGCCCCGUGCUGGAAAGGAAAUCGGAUGUCAAGGAGGAAUUCAAAUGCUUCAUUAGGAACCCUAGUGCGCUUGUGAAAAUGCUCCUUUAAAAAUGCCUUGUUAUUCAAUUUACUAAGAUUUUAAUGGAAUAUUUCUCCAGAGUAAGGAAAUUUUGCUUGCGUGGGAGGCUGAGCUUUCAAUUUCUAAAGAUUUGUAACCAAAAACCUCUCCUUAAAAUAAAACACAUCUUUCCCGAUGAAAACCCAGCUCAGCUGGUAGACCUGGUAGAACCACGACCUCCAUUUUAACUCCAAAAAAGAAGGUUUUAAUGCAGCUUUUCAACAUCUCCCUGGCCUUAUUUGCAGAGAUUGAAACAGGAAUAGAAGGUCAAAUGUGUCUUCUCGCUUAGCAUUUAUGAAGUAUCUCCCACCCUGGAUUUGCAGCAGGAGAACAGAAACCACCCCCAGGACUUCCGAAGAGCAGCUCUGCACCUUUUUAGUGUCAGAAUACUAAUCCGGGACUAAGUGAGUAAGAAGCCCAGCCUUUCUUCUGCCCUUCAAAGUAUUUCUAGUUUCAGGUUCAGCUCGUUUAAAUUAAUAAGGCCAAGUUGACACCGAACCAAGUCCCCAUGUCCACGGGGACGGACAAUUCUCUCCAUUUGGCUGUUGUCCUUGGAGACAUUCCCAACCUUAGUUUGAGGAUGAUUUUAGUGCAAUUCCAAACUAAUUAGUAAGUGGGCAUUUUAUAUAUUUGCCGUAUGUGUGAACCACAUAACUUGCAAAACUCUAAACGAGUUUUUAGCACAGAACUUGCUCGUUAUAUUUUGCCGACACUCUGUUUAUUUGCGGUGAGCUCAGCUGAGAAUGUCUUAGGAUUUUUAGCCAAUUCACCCUAUUUGUAGCUCAUGACCAUCUCAACCAUGGACACUCUCAGACAAAUAUAAUGAGCUUGUGAGGUUUGAUGUUACAUGGAAGGGCAUUAAUUAAUCCAUACAAUGGCGCUGCCAUAAACAAAAAGGGGAUUUUUAAUCGUUUUUCCCUUCUUUUUUUCGCUCCGAGACCUAAAAUUGGAGCAACAUCAAUCCCUGAGCUUCUUAUUUUAGGAGCUUUGCCUUUCGCUUAUUUUCAGGAGCAUCUUUUCAUGACCCCUUCUCUUUCCAAUGUGGUGUGGGUAGGAUGCUGCACGUCUGUCUUGGAUUCCUCCUUGACAUUUUUAAAGAAUAUAUUACUUUUUAAAACACUUCUCCAAAGCUUCUGCACAUGUUUACAGCCCCUUCUCACUCCCUUUGACAUCUUUUGCCAAAAAGAAAUAGCGCAACCCACAAAAUAUGAAUAAUAAGAGGCAAAAUGAUGGCGUGGAAGGAUGGGAAUGAGUUAAUCAUGAUCCCUUGGGAAGUGUUGGGUGUUUUCUUCUCCCCUCGGAGCUGAUGGGGCAAUUCCUGCUGUAGCUCAUCAAGGAUCCUUCAAAUCCAUGAGUAGAUGCUGGUAUGUCCUGCCCUGAUCGGACAUAAACCACCUUCAGCCAUGACCAUGGUCAAUCCCAAAGUCAAUGGAGAUGAGGGAAGAGUUUUGCAGCAAAACAGCCAAUUUGCAGCCCCCUCGGCCUCAAGUCUGAGCUGGAUCCUUGAAAGCUGGAUGGAAGAAGGCUUUUUAUUUAAAAAAUAAUUGGUUUUCCUGUCAACUUCAUUUCCCUGCAUCCCCAUCACCUGCUCAGCGUCCUGUCCUGUCCAACUGGCUUCUCAGAAGCUCCAUCACCUUUAUUUUUGUUAAUAUUCUCAGCAAAAGGCAUUGACCAUGUCUUCGUUCUGGUCGGGGUUGGCCGGAGAAGACAAGGCAGCCCCCGCGGACACGGAUUUCCACGUCGGGACAAGGACCGAUGCUGUUUUUAUCCUUGUAAAAUAGACCCGGCGAUUGCUCCGUUGGCAAAUCGCCGCCGCGUUUGGGACGGGGCGGGGUGGGAGGGUGGACUUUUUAUAAGUAAUAUUUAAUUUAUUAUUUUAGAGUCUUUUCUUUUUGGAUAAUUUAUGAUAUACAAGGGAUACCUGGCUGGAAAAAACUAGAGCAGGCUGUUAAAGCUGCAGUUGUGCCCAUGGCCGCGGGUGCUGGGGAGGAUUUGGGCAGCGGGACCCUGUCGCUGGUCACCGUGUCACCAGUCACCGUGUCACCGGUCACCGCCACAAAGCGCCAACUCCAGCCUGUUAUCCCAACGUCCUGGCACUGGGAAAUGCCAUUAAAAGGGCUUUGCGAGGUAAUUCAACAAUUCUUAGCAUACUAGUGAUACGUUUUUUCUGCUAGAAAUGGGUUAUACUCCAGCUUUAACUAGCCUUAGUGUGGAAGAAAAAUAAAGAAGCUUGUUACAAAAGGCCUAAAAAUGGCAUUUUGAGCCUCUAAACGGUUUCUUUCAAUUGUCGGACUCUAGCGUUGUUAACCAAAUUAGAAUAGUGACUGCAAUAUUUAAGUGUAAAUCUUGUUCUAUGAAAGGAAACCUGCUUACGGGUUCCAAACCGCCGACUGUUUCUACACACAAUCUUGUAUACUAUUACGUGAAGACAAAGGGGGUUUUGUAAUGCACUGUAGAACAGUCCCAGAUUCAUUUUUUUAUAGAAAGGUUAUUCCAAUGGUGCAUUUUUUUGUUUAAUAAAUAAAGUUUUGAUACAAAUUCUC